AUGGCUGCAGAAGCUGUGCCAGUGCCGCCGUGUGCUCCUGGUGCCAAUGAGAUCCGAGAGGCACCUCCGACUCCGGAGUUGCAGCGCUGCAGUGUCGAUGAGCUCCGAAUGCAUUUGGAAUCUUGUCCAGAUGGCCACAAAUCCUGCCGACAAUGCAUGUUUGCAGCAGGCCAGCUAAGCAAAGUGAACUCACCGUAUGCUCGGGUUGAGGCACAGCCUCAGCAAGCCAGUGACCUGAGCAACCAUUCCAAGAACUUGAAGCAUAUCAAGGCACUUGAGGCAUUACAAUCUGCGCAGCUGAGUUCGGACCGAUCAGAGCAGGAGCCACAGGAGCCGGAACUGAAGCAUGGCAUUGUUUCGGGCCUGAGCUCGAAAGUGCCAAGAAUGGACAGCUGGGUUGCAGCGCUGAGCAGCAUUCUGACCCGUUCUUCCCUCCAAUCGGUGCAGGACCAGUCUUCAACUGCAGCUGUGGCUUCAGGGCUCUUAGAUCCUCAGGCAGAUGCAUCCGACACGGUGCUUCGAAAAAUGCUGCAAUGCCUGGUCGAACCACUCAACCAGGAAAUCCUUUUUCACAUGAGGCAAGCUGUUGCAUCCUCUAUCGCAAUGGACCGUGGUCCAGAUUCUUGCCUGGUCGUUUACGCAAGAAUACUGACAAAGUCUGGUCAGAUUUUUGAUUGCCACUUGGGCAUUCAGGGCGAUUGUGUUGCAGAUGCAGAGGAGCCUCAGGCUUCAAGAAAGCUGUCUGAAGCCUUCAAGAAGAUUCUGCUACGUUCCUGUACGAAGAGGGGGGACGGAAGGAGAUCCAAUCUGUAUCAUGGAGAAGACGACACGAUUGAUACAGUCGCCUUCGAUCGUUUCUGCGACAGUGUCAGGUCAAUCGUUUGCGAUGGGUGCGCUGUGGAGCAGCGUGCAGCAUUCGAAUCUAGCCCGCUGGUGGGACACCUGGUCGGGGCUGCUGAGCGACAGCCUCUCUUCCCCAAUUGUGCUAUGAUCACGCGGGAUCGUGCUCAUAGGGUGCGAUCGGUGCAAAAGCUGUUUUUCAAGAAGCUCCCGCCUAUCUUCAGCCAGUUCAUUGACAAGCUUCUGACUGGCAAACGCAGCAUAGCCACUUUGCUUGAAACCUCAGAUAAGUAUUCCCACGCUUUCCUGAACAAGCAAAAGGCUGCCAGGGCUGGUGAUGCCGACGGCGAGCUGGAAAGCGGUGCUGGGUUUAGCAAGCUCAUAAAGUCCUUGAGCUUUGCGGACCAUCGCUUCGAUAGCCGGCUAAAGCCCCUGUUCCGGCUUUUCAAGCUGCUGAUGAUUGUGUUGGAAAUGUUGCAAGACAUUGCUUCCGGUCUUGGCCCCUGGGAAGCUGAUGAUCGAGAGAAGGCAAAGAGUGUGUUGUAUGACUUCUCCGGCGACCUCGGAUACAUCACGGUGGUUUCAGCCGCCGUUACGGCUGACGCGAUGUUGCUGGGCUCUCCAUUCUUGCGAGUCUGUGACCAGGACAACGCAGACUAUGCGCUGCAAGCGCCUGCUGCAGCGAAAGCUUUGCAAGAUAUGCGACAUUUUCUAUACGAUGGAGCCAUUUGGCUCCCGGAUGCCCGCAACACGCUCACCCACACUGUCUUGAGAGCCAUAAAAGACAGGCUGAUGAUUCUGCGCCACAAUUCCAAAGACUGUGAAGCAGUGUCAAUGAGGUGGCCUGCUCCACAGAGUGCUGAGAGAAACAAGCCCGUCGCCAUUGCUCGCGAGUUUCUUGAUUGA